AUGAAAAUGUUUGGAUUAAAGAGAAUCGUCGACGAGAAGGUCGACAAAACCGUCGAUAUGGCCUCAGACAUUGUUAACUGUUUGCUAGACACGUCGUAUAAAGGUGGAUUGUUCUCGAUGAUUAUUGUUACCAUCGUCUGGGUGUCUAUAUUUUUGUAUAUAGCUUUCUAUUAUGCAUACAUGCCGUCUCUUAUGUUCAGCCGUCCGGUUCACAUGCAAUUCAAAUCAUGUUAUAGUAAUAAAGGUUUAUGUGAUUAUCCAUCAGCACAUGUUCAGUUAACCAAAAACCAUCAAUUGUUAAUGAUUGGUCAAAAAUACAAAAUGACUGUUUAUGUUGAGCUACCAGAAUCGCCAGUUAAUGAAGAUAUCGGAAUGUUUAUGCUUUGUGUCCGUCUGGGUGACAAAUAUGGCUAUCUUGUAUCGUCUUCCUGUCGAUCCAGUAGAUUAAGGUACAAAAGCAAACUGUAUCGUAUUAUUCAUACAUUGUUCAUGAUACCAUUUUACCUGACAGGAUUAUCCGCAGAAAAACAAUUAAUCCAGUUAGAAAUGUAUACAGAUUUUGAAGAAGACCAAUUACAUCCAGUUACAGACAUUUACUUUGAGAUGUUAAAUCAUGAUAUUCAAAUUUAUUCUGUCAAGUUAAAUAUUAUUGCUAACUUGGGCGGUUUACGUUACCUUAUGUUUCAUUGGCCGAUAACGUCUGCUUGUCUAGGAAUUGGAUCAAAUCUCCUUUUUGUAUUUUUUGUGUUUUCAAUGUCAUGGCGACAUAUAUAUGGAUCUGAAGUGUAUAAAAAUGAAUCAAAUGAUUUUUUGGAUCGUUCCGAACAUUUGAAUGAAUUUGACUCUGAGGACGAAUCUGAAGAAUCAGAUGAUUUGUGUAAAAAAGGUUUUUUCCCUUAUACAUUUUCAUCUUCCAGCCUAAUGAUUCCUGAGCAAUAAUUAAUUGUCUUAUUUUUAAUUAAAAAUAUUUUGAUUUUCACAACUAAAUUAUGGUACAAUUUUAUAACUCAUAGGUUAGAAAAACUCUUUUAUUGUACCUAUAAUACUUUUGUAAUCUUUGUUUUAGUUUUGAAACUGAUGGGUACUAGAAAAAUUAGAGUAUAGAGUAUAGACUAUUAAACUAUUUCUGUGGUGCUUUUAUUUAGUGUUUUAUGUUAUACCUAAGAUUAGAAUGUUUACUAUUUUAUAUUAUUCCUUUCUUUAUUUUGUUUUAAUUGGUUGUUUUUUAAUAGUUAUAUUUUUUUAGUUUUAUACGCCAUUGUA